AAUGAGGUGGGUCUUAACGACACUCGCCGUGUAAGCUACUGUUGAAAUUCCAGUGCUAACCAACUUUAGCCAGCUUGCUAACAUGUAAUGUGGCGAAUGUGAAGAACUACACAUACAGCGCCAAACUGGAUUCAAAUGCAUACACGUUGUUUCACGUCCGAUAGCGUCAUACUGGAACAUUCGUCUUGAUGUUCGCUACGGCGCGUGUCUCCGUUAGUGCAACCAGGACAUGUCCAGUUAGCCAGAGCGCAGCAAUCAGCGGAUAACGAACCUGGCGAGCUAACCAGCCAGCCCGCUUGGACUGGGUCUGCGUUGAGGGAUUUGAACAGGUUUCAUCGCCCAAGAGGACUGUAAAGCCGGAUGCUGUGACUACCAUGAGUCCCGCCGGCUGCCCUCAUGUCAACAGCUUCAAAGUGGACAACUGGAAGCAGAACCUGAGGGUUAUUUAUCAGUGCUUCGUGUGGAGCGGUUCAGCCGAGACCAGAAAACGCAAGGCCAAGUCAUGUAUCUGCCACAUGUGCGGCGCCCACCUCAACAGACUCCACUCCUGCCUCUACUGCGUCUUCUUCGCCUGCUUUGCCAAAAAACACAUCCACGAACACGCCAAGAGCAAAAGGCAUAACCUAGCUAUUGACCUGCUGUACGGAGGAAUUUACUGUUUUAUGUGCCAAGACUACAUUUAUGACAAAGACAUGGAACAGAUUGCCAAAGAGGAACAGAGGAAGGCCUGGAAAAUACAAGGCAUAGGGGAGAAAUACUCAACGUGGGAGCCCACCAAGAGGGAGCUGGAGCUGCUCCGCCACAACCCCAAGAGGAGGAGAAUCACCUCCAACUGUACUAUUGGCCUGCGAGGUCUGAUCACCUUGGGCAACAUCAUCUUCCAUGAACUGGCAAUCGUCCAGGUGCGUGUGUGUGCGCGUGUGUGUGUGUGUGUGUGCGCGCGCGUGUGUUUUUAUAUCCACACAGACGACAACGGGAAGAAAGCCAACAAUCCCAACCACUGUAACUGCAUCAUCGACCAAAUCUUCACAGGGGGCCUGCAGUCUGACGUCACCUGUCAAGUCUGCCACGGUGUUUCGACGACCAUAGACCCGUUCUGGGACAUCAGCCUGGACCUGCCAGGCUCCUCCACCCCAUUCUGGCCCCUCAGUCCCGGGGGAGACGGAUCAGCACUUAACGGGGAGAGUCACACCACUGGAGCCACAACACUCACAGACUGUCUGCGCAGGUUCACCAGGCCAGAGCACCUCGGCAGCAGUGCUAAGAUCAAGUGCAGCGGUUGCCAUAGUUACCAGGAGUCCACCAAGCAGCUGACCAUGAAGAAGCUGCCCAUCGUGGCCUGUUUUCACCUCAAAAGGUUUGAACAUUCAGCCAAACUGCGACGGAAGAUCACAACUUACGUCUCCUUCCCGUUGGAGCUGGACAUGACUCCCUUCAUGGCCUCCAGUAAAGAAAGCCGGAUGAACGGGCAGUACCAGCAGACCGUAGAGCCCUUCAACAAUGACAACAAGUAUAGCCUAUUUGCAGUGGUGAACCACCAGGGGACACUAGAGAGCGGCCAUUACACCACCUUCAUCCGCCAGCACAAGGACCAGUGGUUCAAAUGCGACGAUGCCAUCAUCACCAAGGCCAGCAUCAAGGACGUCCUGGAUAGUGAAGGGUACCUUUUGUUCUACCACAAACAGUUCCUGGAGUACGAGUAGUUCCCUCCACCAGCACCGCCUGCAGGAGUCGAGGGAUGAUGCAAGGAUUACAGUAGUUGCAUGAGAAAAGGUAACAGAGUGAUGAGAGAGGCGUGGAAACAGAAACACAAGCCUACCUGAUUCACUCUUUAAGUCGCAACUCUCUAUCAUGGAACCACCCUUAAUACAUACUAAUCUAGUUCCACCGUAAGACAUUCAAGGAAGAGCCGUCGGCCGUGCAGGAUAGUGCAGAAAGCGUCAGAACCAUCAAAAUUUAAGAAAUUUGUGUGAUCCCUGGAGGAAUAUUGCACGCCUGCAAAAGUUAUUCACUUGAAUUCGGGGGAUGAAGAAGAAAGCAGCUGUGAUAAUCUUCUAUAAGAACGAAAUGACUGCAGAAUCAGUCUGUACUUGGUGUCUGACAGUAGAGGAAUAGUGUCCCAUCCCCACCUUUUCUCUCUUUCAGACACAGACAAAAGAGCAGGAGUUGUUUUUAAAACCUUACCUUAUCUUGGGAAGGUUCACUUGAUCACAAAUCCUGUUCUACACCAACAUCCUGUUCGACGUCAUGCUCGCACAGCUGCAUUUACGAUCACCUGAGGGCGCUGAGAAGUGGAACUCGGGGGUUCGAGGCUCUGCUUUAGCGAAGAAAGUGAUUAUUUGUAUUUAUUUUUUAUUAGUUUUUCCUAAACUGGCAACUUUCUGGACACAAGCACACUUGUCUGACACACUCACAGUCCUCCAAACGACCAAAUGCUUCAAGGAUGGACGUUGUCUCUAUUAUGCACUUUUGUUCAGAAUGCAAAGAGUGGGGGAAAGAAAUCACCUGACAAAUGGUAUUAUGAACAUCGUAUAGAAAAAGACAGUUAAUUCCAUUUAUUACUCGUGAGUUUGUAGGUGUCAGUCAGAUACUUUUAGGAAACCUUUUUUUGAAACAAGGACGCAAAGGAUCUGUUAUUUUCUGCCUCUCAUGCUGCUUCCAACAGUCACAGGGGGAAAUAAAUUACACAGUGAAUAUUAUAUUUUUAUACAUACUGUAAUUAAAAAGUUUGUUUACAGUUUUUCAUUCUCCCCAAACUCUCACAUUGUUCGUCUGUGUUGCAUUGUGUCGUCAAUCAUGUUUUUUUGUACACACAAAAGCAAAAUAGUGCUGAUGACGUUCUUGAAACUGCUGCUAUGGCGGCUCAAUUUUUAGCAAGUCAUUUAACUUUAAUUUGGUCACAUUUUUUGGCUUUACAGAAGCAUUUAUCUCCACGUUCAAGAUAUGUUGUUGUGAUGCUGUUUCAGGUAAAUGGCAAAAAAAAAGAAAUGAAACAAAAGAGGAGACCAUAAUUCUCCGUACGGAGUGUGUAUAAUGGGUCAGAAGCUCGAUUCUACAGUGUUAACCGUCGGCCGCAUGUCGCUCUAAAUCAGUGUGUUUGUGUGUGUGUGUGCGUGUGUGUGCACGUGUAUGGGCCUGAAAAAAGGGGAGGGGAGGGAAAAAAAAGCUCAGUGUAGGUGUGUUUGUGUAAAAUGUGUUAUUGCGUGUAAAGAGACAAAAAACAAAAGUGCGUAUGUGUUCCCGUUUGUAUGCACGUGUGUUGUGCGCGUGCGUAUGUAGCGUAUGUUCGUGUACUGAAUCAGUACUUGCAUUCAGCAUGCCGUCUGAGCUGGGUAUCACAGUUUGAUAGGAUUUUUUUCCACAUGUUGAUGAUGUAUGUAAAAGUAUAUAUGUACAGUUUGUAUUUUGAGAGACAAAUGGUGAAACCUCAAAAGUUGAUUUUGUUCUUCUAUAUUGCUGGAUCCGGACACGGGGUCGUAAUCAGAAGAAACUUGUCUUGACCCGGUCAGUCAUUCCUCACACACACAUGUAACUGCUGCAAGAACUGGACACAGUGAUUGAAAAGACACUCAAAUAAAGAAAAAUCUAUAUCUGUAAA